CCCAACGUCAUAUUACAAUAUAAAUAGUUCAUCAUGGAGUAGUUUGACUACUAUAAACUAUGAGUAGCCAAGGCAGUAACUACAGCCACCAAAGUCAAGGAAGUAACUAUGGUAACCCCCGAGGGGGCCAGGGAAGGGGUGGACGAGGAAACUGGCGGGGAAGAGGAAACUGGAGAGGCAGAUGGAGGGGACGAGGUGGGAGAUACUUCAGUCACCAUGGAAACCGAGGAGGAAGAGGUACAAGUCGAGCUGGACCGGCUCUGAUGGAUGAUCCUCAAGGGGCUCGUCGUCCUCCCGCCAUGGUACAGACAAGGAUAGAGGUCCAAUCACCCUAUAAAGGAUGGAGGAUGUACUUCCCAGAGGAAGUUUACUGUGACCAUUCACCAAAUGUAACCAGAAUCCAGGUGUUUGAGAAGUACUUUAUCAGCUGGUCCAACACCUAUAAAUGGGUUGAUGUUGAAGAUAAAGGUAGCUUUACCAUAGACUUUAAAGACCUGAUCUCUGAUGAAAUAAUACAGCAAAGGUUACCACAGUUAGCAUCUGAUCUGAAGGACAUGCCAGAAAAUAUCCUCUCCUGUCUUGGUAUUGCUGCACAUCAGUUUGUAACAAACUUGAGGAUGAGGGAGGCUGCGGAGAAUGAGGACAGUACAGAACAGACAGAUCCCGGUGUCCCUAUGAUCCAAGCUAGAGUUACCAACUUCGGUUCACCUAUACCAUUGAAAAACCUCAAGGCCAAUUAUUAUGGAAAGUUUGUUUCCAUCAAGGGAACCGUAGUGAGGGUUAGCAAUAUCAAACCACUAUGUACCCGCUUGGCAUUUGAAUGUAACAGCUGUGGAACAGUUCAGACCGUAACUUUACCAGAUGGAAAAUAUGUUUUACCAACAAGGUGUCCUGCCAAGGAAUGUAGAAGCAAGACCUUUGUACCGAAGCGGAGCUCUGAUCUUACACAGACAAUUGACUGGCAGACUAUAAGAGUGCAAGAAAUCAUGGGAGAUGCACAGAAGGAGACGGGACGCAUUCCAAGAACAAUUGACUGUGAACUGACACAAGAUCUAGUUGACAGUGCUGUUCCGGGUGACAUCGUAACAGUGUCUGGAGUCGUCAAAGUCAAUAGUGUGGAUGAAGGACGUGGCCGUAACAAAGACAAGUGUAUGUUUUUGCUGUAUCUACAUGCCAACUCUGUCAACAAUGCCAAGGGUAAUAAAUCUGGUGACACUGCUGGCCUGGCUAUAGACUUUUCCAUCAAAGAACUGUAUGCUAUAGAGGAGAUUCAAAGUGAACCCAAUACUUUCAGACUCCUUGUUGGAUCUGUGUGCCCUUCCAUAUAUGGACAUGAGUUGGUGAAAGCUGGAUUAAUUCUUGGCCUUUUUGGAGGAACACAAAAAUACACAAAUGAUAAGAACCGAAUCCCAGUGCGAGGAGACCCACACAUGUUAGUGGUGGGAGACCCAGGGCUUGGUAAGAGUCAGGUGAGAGAUGUUACAGGCAACUUGGUAAGUGUCAGGAGAAGUGUGUAUGUGUGUGGUAACACUACAACAACCUCAGGUUUGACUGUGACUUUAUCAAGGGACGGUGGAUCAGGAGAUUUUGCCCUAGAAGCAGGUGCUCUGGUGCUGGCUGACCAAGGAUGCUGCUGUAUCGAUGAAUUUGACAAGAUGGGAAAUCAACACCAAGCACUGCUAGAAGCUAUGGAGCAGCAGAGUAUCAGCGUUGCCAAAGCAGGAAUCGUCUGCAGUUUGCCUGCUCGGACAUCGAUCAUAGCUGCUGCAAAUCCUGUAGGAGGUCACUACAAUAAAUCUAAGACUGUGUCAGAAAAUCUCAAGAUGGGAAGUGCCCUCUUGUCCAGGUUUGACCUUGUUUUUAUCCUUCUCGAUAAACCUGAUGAGGAAAUGGAUAGUAUGUUAUCUGAACAUGUCAUGGCUUUACAUGCAGGCAAAAAUAGAUCUAUGUCACGAAUCACAGCAAGAAGAUCAGGGGGAGAUGACUCUAUCCUUCUGAUGGAGACUGACAAACCUCUGAGUGACAGACUGAAGGUUCCACGGGGAGAAGCAUUUGACCCAAUUCCACCACAGCUGCUUAGAAAGUAUGUUGGGUAUGCCAGAAAGUAUGUCCACCCCAAGAUAGGGAAAGAAGCUGCUACUGUUCUGCAGGAGUUUUACCUCGAACUUCGUAAACAACACCAAACACAAGACAGUACACCUAUUACAACACGCCAACUCGAGUCGCUGAUACGCUUGACAGAGGCACGUGCACGCCUGGAACUGCGCGAGGAGGCAACAAAGGAGGAUGCUAAUGAUGUGAUAGAGAUCAUGAAGUACAGUAUGGUGGACACUUACUCUGAUCAGUUUGGGGGACUUGAUUUCCGCCGAUCGCAGCACGGCUCUGGUAUGAGUGGGCGCUCACAGCCCAAGAAGUUUGUAGCAGCAUUGCAGAAAAUUUCCGAUCAGACUUACAACUCAAUUUUUACCAUUCAACAAAUGAGACAAAUUUCAAAGGAUAUCGGCCUCAACAUUCUGGAUUUUGAAGGUUUUAUAAGCUCUCUCAACAAUCAAGGAUAUCUAUUGAAGAAAGGGGCCAAAGUUUAUCAGUUACAAACAGCAGAUUAUUGA